AUGCCGUCUAAUCUCAUAAUCGGUUCAUCCAUCGCGAACUCCGGUGAUUUGCCGCAGCUGAGGGCUUACUACGCAGAUCAGUGGGAGAAUUUCACCGGCGGCGGAACCAGCGAGAUCGAGGAGGAGCCGGCGGAGUCUGCGGCGGUCGAUCGGGUGUUGGUAUCGAACCGCCGAGAAUUGAAAAUCCCCCUGCCGGCGAUUAGGGAGGCGGCGGAGGAAGAGAGGCCGUCAGCGGCGUCGAUCGAUUUCGGGGCGGGAGGGGAGGACGCCGUGUACGUGGCGGUGGGGAGGCACGGCGGCAGCGGCGGCGACGAGGAGGCUAGCAUGGGCGCCGUGAUCUGGGCGAUUAAAAAUGAGGCGUUUGGUCCGUCGUCGGUUGUUUUUCUCGUUCACGUUUUUCCGGAGGCCAAGUUUGUACCCACGCCAUUGGGAAACUUACCAAUUAACCAAGUGAACGAAGAGCAGAGAGAGCUGUAUUUGGCCAAAGAAAGAGGCAAGAGAAGAGAAUUUCUUAAUAAAUUCCUCAAUGUCUGUUCUGCUUCUAAGGUUCAAGUGGACACAAUACUAAUAGAGAGUGAGAUGGAGGCAAAAGCUAUACUUGACCUCAUUCCCAUUCUCAACAUUAGAAGGCUUAUUCUUGGUGCCACCAAGUCAACUGUAAGGAGGAUGAGGUCAAGGAAAGGCAACAGGGUGGCCGAUCAGAUACGACAGGGUGCACCGGAGUAUUGUGAGGUGAAGAUCAUAUGCGACGGAAAGGAGAUAACCGAGCUAGCAACAGGAUCAACUUCUUCUUCAACUUCGCCGUCACCAAGGUCAACAAGAGAUUCCAUUUCCAGUCCAAAAUUCGGCCGAGGGCAAGAGAAAAUGGAACUUGACUCGGCUUCUUGUGGGUGUUUUAAAUUGUGA